CCGAGCUGUGCUGGAAAGGGUCACGAGGCAAAGGAGGAAAAUGACAGGAUAGCUGUGUGUCGCAUGUAAACGCGCUGGACGCUGUGAGACGAUGAAUCAAGUGAUGGAGUUCCUGCCCGGCGGGGAUCUCAUGGCUCUGAUGAACAGGUAUGAAGAUCAGUUAGACGAGUCUAUGGCUCAGUUUUACCUGGCGGAGCUCACACAGGCCAUCCACUCGCUCCAUCAGAUGGGAUACGUGCACAGAGCGAUUAAACCAGAGAAUGUUCUGAUCGACCGGACGGGUCACAUUAAACUGGCCGACUUCGGAUCGGCAGCCAGACUGAGCGCUAACAGAACGGUGACGUGCUCCACACCCGCGCUGGACGCUCAAGACUUCCUGGCCCCUGAGAUCCUGUCCGCGCUCAGUGGAGGGCCGAAGUGCAGCUACGGCCCCGAGAGCGACUGGUGGUCCCUGGGAGUCAUCGCGUAUGAAAUGGUUUACAUGAAGUCCCCCUUCGCUGACGGCACGUCCACAAAAACCAUCAACAACAUCAUCAACUUUCAG